GUACGUUGGUGUGCGGUAACGGGACGGUCAGCUCCUCCGUCUCUUCUGUUGCCAUGGUGGCGAUCCCCGACUGUGUUGACAACGCAACGCAGACUGACAUCAGUUUCCAGAACACUCUAACCCUGGGGAGAAGCAGGGGUCACCAUCACCACCACCACCAGGGUCAGGGAGGCUCCUCCUCUCCCCCACCACCUCCUCCAUCGCCUCCCCUCCCUCACCUGGCAGUGCCGUACGAGAUCAAUGAGUUGUACGUUCUGACUCAUGAAUACAACGACCCCAAUGAUUACUUUGAUGUAUCCAACCACGAGGUGGACAGGCAGGAUGACCUGGAAUAUGAGGAGGUGGAGCUGUACAAGUCCAGCCAGCAGGAGAAGCUGGGUCUGACGGUCUGCUACUACAGGACGGACGAUGAGGAGGAUCUCGGCAUUUAUGUUGGCGAGGUUAAUCCGAACAGCAUCGCAGCCAAGAACGGACGCAUCAGAGAGGGCGAUCGAAUACUGCAGAUUAACGGCGUGGAUAUUCAGAACAGAGAGGAGGCUGUGGCCAUUUUGACCCGAGAGGACAGCAUCAACUUCUCCCUGCUGCUGGCCAGGCCCGACAUAGAGUCUGUCCUGGUGUUAGGAGGACAUGGAGCUGACUCUAGAGGAGCAGACUUUCCUUCAAACCCACGCACUUCAUGCUCUCUCAACUCCUCUCAUAUUUCUGCCUACUACCGCCUCCACCAAGGAGGAGAAGGCAGUUCAUCCUGUCCUGUUGGAGGAGCAGGGGGAGGCAAAGAAGGUGAGGUGGAAGAUGAAGAGGAUGAAGAAGGAGAGGAUGGCGAGCGAGGAGAGAAGGACGACAAAGAGCCACCGGUCCCCCUCCCUCCUCUGCUGAACUUGGCACCUCUGCUGUCCAACAGCCAGGAGCUGGACAGCGGGGUGGGUCGGACAGAUGACAGCACCCGCUAUGAGGAUACAUCUGAACAUGACCUGCUGGGUGAUCAGACCAGUGCCUGUAACACCAACACCACCAACACACCAGGCAGCACCAGGAAGUUCAGACCUGGACCGAGCCCCAGGCCAAGUCCUAGACCCAGUCCUGGCCUCGGGCCCAGCCCUAGGCCUAGCCCUAGCCCUGGGCAUGGUCGAGGAGACACCACCCCUCCUUUCCUCCACCUGCGUGAUCUCCAGCUCAGCUCUGACUCUCUCCCAGGUCUGGACUGGGCAGCUGGAGGAGGAACAGCAGGAGCAGCGUACAGUCCCCACCACCAUCACCACCAUAAGCAUUACCACCACCAUCACCAGCCUCUGACAAUGACCAUGAUGAUGCCGGGCCUGACGGAGGAGGAGUGCCAGCGUUACCAAGAGCUGUUAGAGAUCAAGUAUCAAUAUGAGAGACAUUUGGAAAGAUGCAGGAGAGAGCUGGAAAAGGAAACCACUGAAGCAGAAGUUAAAGGCCGAGAGGACGGCGACGAGGCAGCGGAGGAAGCUGAAGGCACAGCUUCUGAAUCGGUAGUGGACGUGAACAGCAAAGAGAUGCUAAGUGAGCACGAGUUGGCGCUGAUCGAGGAGGAGCUGCGCCACCUGGAGUUUAAGUGCCGCAAUGUUCUCCGAGCGCAAAAGAUGCAGCAGCUCAGAGAGAGAUGUCUGAAAGCCUGGAUGAUGGAGGAGGAGACGGUGGCGGAUUUGGAUAACGAGGACAAUGACGAUCCUCAUCACCACGAGUUGUCAGCCAUCAACGAACUCCCGGAGCGCGAGCGAUCGGACGACAAAGACAGCACCAGUGCCUACAACACCGGAGGGGAAAGCUGCCGGAGCACGCCAUUGGUCAGCACGGAGCAGAUCCCGCCUCUUCAGGAGGAUGAAGAUGAAGGAGGCAGACGCCUGACCUCUCCACCUCCCCUCCUCCCCCUCAGUCGCCUCCCCCCUCUAAACUCCCCUCUCACGCCUCGACGUCACAGGAGGGACCGAGACAGAGAGCGGCGUCACUCAAACCUCAGCUGCUCCUUCUCCCCGAGCACCUACAGGAAGUACGAAACCUCCAAUGGAAACUUUGCAAAUGGCUCAAACUCCACCCCCUCUACGCCUUCAAAGUUCAGAUCUCUGACCAGAGAAACGGGAUCAGCUUCUAGAAGGGGUAUGGCUGAUGGAGGGCGGAGCUCCAGAGCAGGUGGAGCCACCUACAGGCCUGAAGGCGGAAGUGCAGAGUCGAGCCCCUAUUUCACCCGGAGGCAGCACAGCCACAGCAAACCGUUAGAACGCUAUCAGAGCUGCAUGACCCUGCCCUCCGAAGGUCUGGUGGAUCCCCUGGACCGAGUGAGAGACAGAGCCAGGGCAGAGGGGGGGGAGAGGGGGGUAGCCACAGGCAGCAGUGGGCCGGCAAGCCCGAGGAUUGUGAACAGCGCCCCCUGUGGUCUGGAGGACCACCAUGCAGGUGCCUCACGGUUAGGACUGGCCUUACCUCUUGGACUGACGCAUUCAUCACCAAACGCGUCUCCACAGCGCAUGGAGUGGAAGGUAAAGAUUCGCAGCGAUGGGACUCGCUAUGUGGCCAAGCGGCCGGUCAGAGAUCGUCUGCUGAAGGCCAGAGCCAUGAAGAUCCGCGAGGAACGCAGCGGCAUGACGACAGACGAUGAUGCUGCCAGUGAAAUGAAACAGGGUCGAUACUGGAGCAAAGAGGAGAGGAAGCAGCAGCUGCUGAGAGCUCGAGAGUACAGAAGAAGAAGAGAGUUCAUGAUGCAGAGCCGCCUGGACUACAUGAGAGGAGACAGGUACAGGCAUAACUCCCCCAGCAGCAACAUCCUGCAGCUGAGCCAGAAGAAAAUCACAAAGAGGAGGAAUCGUCGCAUUCUCGACAACUGGAUCACCAUCCAGGAGCUGCUGGCUCACGGCUCGAGGUCACCGGAUGGAAAGAAAAUUUACAACCCUCUGCUGUCUGUCACUACUGUGUGAUCUCAACAAGGAGAGGAGGAAAGAGUGAGAUCAAGGAGAUGAUGGAAACACAGUGUGGAUCUGGAAGUGAAGCUCAACGCUCUUUUUAUGUGGAGUUAAAAAUGUAAACACACCAAAAAGAGAGAAACUUUGGAUGGAAAACAAACCUUUUUACUUUAUGACAUCACUUCAAACUCAUUAGAGAUACACGGAAAGACGCACGAGCCUCGAAAGGAAACAGAAACUUCCUGUUCUGGCCUCGGCUCUUAAUCUUCUGCACUGGCCUGGCUGUGACAGUCUGAAAAUAGCACAGGUUUGAUCUCCUGGUCCUUCAACCAGGUGCAAAGUCACAUCGCUGUUAAUUACAGAUGUUUUCUGUGAGUAGCAAAUUUGUGCUUGUGCUAAGAUUUUUCAAUCAAGGAAAAAUGACUAUAAGUGUAAUUUUAAGAGAAAAAAAGGCCAGAAGAAUGGAAGUUUAUGGAGGAUUAAAACUGAAAACAUCACAAAUAAAGGAAGGAAAACAUGAACGUUUUCUUUCACCUUCAUUAUUUUUUGAUAUUCUAGGUUCGACCCCCGUCAGCUGCGUGGGGUCCUCAUGUUUGCUGUGUCUGGUGGCUUCUCUCGGGACUCCAGCUUCCCCUCCACACUGGUCGCAGGUGUGGGGGCUCUCUGUGAUAAACUGGCAGCCAGUUCAGGGUGGACCCUGCUUCUGACCCCGUGGAAGCUCGAAUAGGAACAACAUUCCUGCCACCAUGAACUGGAUGAGCAAUAUUUAUCUGUAUGUGAUAUAUGAUAUCCCUACUUAUCUAUCCAAACGUAUUGUUGUUCAUUCAAAACAAAUCAGUUUGGAAAGAAACAGGAGUGAAAAUUCCAAAACUUUAUAGAUGAAAAAUAAAUAAAUUAAUACAUUUAAAAACAAACUACAUGAAUGAAAUGAUUACAAAAUGAUAAAAAACAAACACUAAAAACUGUAAAAAUUCAUGUAUUUGAAAAGUUUUGGUCCUUCAUGAACUCCUCAGCGUCACGUGUGAAGCAGCGACAAC